AGCACAUGACAUGAUACUUUCAGACCCUUUCGUCUCCCACUCUCCUCAUCAAUCUAUAGAUUCUCUUCUCUUCUCUUUUCUCUAUUAUUUCUCAUUUUUUUCGAAGCUUUACACUUCUCUCAAAUCUUGAAAGAUCAAUUAUGGCUGGCGAGAUUCAUCAUGAACCGUUUAGCCUUAGUUUUCAGGGAAGUUCUAUCCACUCUGGGUCAAUAUCGUUUGGAAGAUUCGAGAAAGAAGGUUUAGCAUGGGAGAAGAGGUCAUCUUUUUCACACAAUAGGUAUCUUGAAGAAGUUGACAAGUGCUCUAAACCUGGCUCUGUUACUGAGAUGAAAGCACAUUUUGAGGCUCAUUUCAAGAAGAAAGGAAUCAGAUUUCCGGCUUCUCUUGAAUCUCAAACUUGGGGAGUUCGUCAAACAGGUGGUGAACCGUAUGAUGAAGCUGUCUACGCUACUGAAAGUUUCGAGGAUUAUCGAUCUGAUGGGAGUUUCUCGGAGAACACAAGUCAGUCAAACAGUGUUUGUAACUACAGCCAUGGACAAGAGAAAUGUGGUCAAGGAAAGAGUCAAUGUGAGGAGUAUGAUGAGGAAAGUGUACAUUGUGUGAGCUAUGAUGAGAUUUUGGUGAAUUCGGAUGAAGUGGUUGAGCUUGAUGAAGAAGAAGGCGGUGGUGACAACAGGACUCUUGCUGUUCUGGUUGAGUGUGAGGAUCUUGGAACUCAUGAGAUACCAAAGGAGAUUGAGAUUCAAGAUUCUGCUUCAGUUGAAGAGAUGGGAUCAAGACUCGAUGAACAUGUUCCAAAAAAGCCAUCUCAUGCUACGGAAACACCCUCCUCCUCCUCGUCAUCCUCCUCUGCAUCUAGAUUGAAGUCGCGGGAGAGCGUGAAACCUAUUAGUCCUCAUGAUGUGCGUGUGGCUAAAGCUUCUACAAAAAUACAUGAUAUUACGCCAAAAGCUACUUACAUGAUGACAAAGGGUUCUUCUUUAAGUUAUAAUUCUAAAACCAAUGUAGAUGCCAAGAGCCAAAAGGAAUCAAGACCGAGGAAAACCAUUGAGUCUCAGCCUAAAACAUCGAAGAAAACCAAGACUCGAACUCAUGAUAUUGCUACAAACAGGUUAAAGACCAGUACCAAUUCUUCAAAGCUGCAGAUGAGUACAGGUUCUACUAGUUUCCGUUUCAAAUGUAGCGAACGAGCUGAGAAGAGAAAAGAGUUCUAUAUGAAACUCGAGGAGAAAAUACAUGCUAAGAAAACAGAAACAAACCAAGUUCAGGCCAAAACACAGCAAAAGGCGGAAGCUGAGAUGAAACAAUUCAGGAAAAGCCUCAACUUCAAGGCAACACCAAUGCCUUCAUUCUACAACACCAGUACUAGACCGGGGUCUCAUAACAAGAGAGAGCCAUCUAAAGUAGCACCAUUAAGAUCCCGACCCGCGACCUCAGCCUCGAUGACAAACAGGGCAGUCACAAGAGUUUCUAACAAACACGGUUUUGAAGAAGCUAAAAUGGUAAAGGUAAUAGUCAGUAAUAAACAACAACGUGUGACUAAAGAUUCGGAUUUGCAAAAGGGUAAUCUCAUGGCGGUCGAAAUGAAACAAAAUAUUGGUGUUCGAAGAAGCGAAAACUAAACAGACAUGUGUCCAUUUGAAUUCUGCUGUUGACUGCAUCGCUUUCUAUCGUUGCUAAUCAAAUCAUAUCAUCCUCUGCUUUUGUUUAGCGUUCUGUUAAAAUUGAAAUGUGUGACUCUGCUAAUACUUUAACCAAUAAUAAAAACUACUAUGAAUAGUAGUAUACUGUACUUAAUUGUGUGCGAAGAAUUAUAGUGAAAACUGAAAACGUGUAAGAUUAAAACAAAACCUUUCAACUCAAGUCAUGC